CCCGAGAAGAGUGGGCUUUGCUGGAUCCUUCUCAGAGGAAUCUCUACAAAGAUGUAAUGCUGGAGAUCUACAGUAACCUUACCGCUAUAGGCUGCAAUUGGGAAAAUCAUAAUAUAGAAGAGCAUUGUCAAAGUUCUAAAAAACAUGCAAGGUAUGAAAACAGUCAUACGGGAGACAACCCCCCUGAAGAUACUCAAUAUGACAGAGUCUUUGCACAUCACAGGAGUCCCCACACAUAUAAAAGUAUGCAUAUUGCUGAGGAUCACUAUGAAUGUAAUGAAUAUGGCAAUGCCUUUGCACAUAACAGUCAUGUCUUAAGACAUAAAUGGACUCACAUAGGAGGGAAACCUCAUAAAUGUAACCAAUGUGCCUUUGCACAGAGCAGUAAUCUCCUAUCACAUAAAAGAACUCACAGUGGAGAGAAACCUUAUGAAUGUAACAAAUGUCGUAAACCCUUUGCAUGUAACAGAAGUCUCCUCCUACAUAAAAGAACUCAUACUGGAGAGAAACCAUAUCCUUGCUUGGAUAUCAACAAUUAA